GCAAUUCUGAGUUACAGUUAAUACCUGUGAAUAUCAUCUUCAAUCUCUUCGCUCUCUUGCAAGUUCUUUUUCAUCUGCUUUGAGUUUUUCUUCAUUCGCGAGUUUGUGUGUGUUCAAUGGCGGACGUGCAGAUGGCUGAUGCUGAGACCUUCGCCUUCCAGGCCGAGAUUAACCAGCUUCUCAGUUUGAUUAUCAAUACUUUCUACAGCAACAAGGAGAUUUUCCUUCGAGAGCUUAUCAGCAACUCCUCUGACGCGUUGGACAAGAUUCGAUAUGAGAGUUUGACUGAUAAGAGCAAACUUGACGCUCAACCAGAGCUUUUCAUCAGAAUUGUUCCGGACAAGGACAACAAAACUCUCUCCGUCAUUGAUAGUGGAGUCGGAAUGACUAAAGCAGAUCUGGUGAAUAACUUGGGAACCAUCGCAAGGUCGGGGACCAAAGAAUUCAUGGAGGCAUUGCAGGCCGGCGCCGAUGUCAGCAUGAUCGGUCAAUUCGGUGUAGGGUUCUAUUCGGCUUACCUUGUGGCCGAGAAGGUGAUUGUGACCACAAAGCACAAUGACGACGAGCAAUACGUAUGGGAAUCGCAGGCCGGUGGUUCCUUCACUGUCACAAGGGACGUCAGUGGAGAGCAACUCGGAAGGGGUACCAAGAUCACACUCUUCCUCAAGGAGGAUCAGUUGGAGUAUUUGGAAGAGAGAAGGAUCAAGGACCUCGUGAAGAAGCACUCUGAGUUCAUCAGCUAUCCCAUCUAUCUGUGGACCGAGAAGACUACUGAGAAGGAGAUCAGCGACGAUGAGGAGGACGAACCUAAGAAGGAAGAAGAAGGAGACGUCGAAGAGGUGGACGAGGAGAAGGAGACCAAGUCAAAGAAGAAGAAGAUCAAAGAGGUUUCUCACGAAUGGCAACUCAUCAACAAGCAGAAACCCAUCUGGCUGCGCAAGCCUGAAGAGAUCACCAAAGAUGAGUAUGCAUCAUUCUACAAGAGCUUGACAAACGACUGGGAGGAACACCUUGCAGUGAAACAUUUCUCCGUGGAAGGACAGCUCGAGUUCAAAGCAAUCCUCUUUGUCCCGAAGAGGGCUCCGUUUGAUCUCUUCGACAGCCGUAAAAAACUGAACAACAUAAAGCUCUAUGUAAGAAGGGUGUUCAUCAUGGACAACUGUGAGGAGCUGAUCCCCGAGUACCUUGGAUUCAUCAAAGGAGUGGUUGAUUCCGACGAUCUGCCGCUCAAUAUCUCACGUGAGAUGUUGCAGCAGAACAAGAUUCUGAAGGUGAUAAGGAAGAAUUUGGUGAAGAAGUGCAUUGAAAUGUUCAAUGAAAUCGCGGAGAACAAAGAGGACUAUAACAAGUUCUAUGAGGCCUUUUCUAAGAACUUGAAGUUGGGUAUCCACGAAGACAGCCAAAACAGAGCCAAAUUGGCUGAUUUGCUGCGAUUCUACUCCACCAAAAGUGGAGAUGAAAUGACGAGCCUGAAGGAUUACGUCACCAGGAUGAAGGAGGGUCAGAAGGACAUCUACUACAUCACCGGUGAGAGUAAAAAGGCAGUGGAGAAUUCCCCCUUCUUGGAACGCCUGAAGAAGAAAGGCUACGAGGUGCUUUUCAUGGUCGACGCCAUUGAUGAGUAUGCCGUUGGGCAACUGAAAGAGUACGAUGGCAAGAAGCUAGUGUCUGCCACCAAGGAAGGACUUAAACUUGAUGAUGAAACAGAGGAAGAGAAGAAGAAGAAGGAGGAGAAAAAGAAGUCAUUUGAGAACCUUUGCAAGACUAUUAAGGACAUCCUUGGUGACAAAGUUGAGAAGGUCGUUGUCUCCGACAGGAUAGUGGACUCUCCUUGCUGCUUGGUCACCGGCGAAUACGGCUGGACGGCAAACAUGGAGAGAAUCAUGAAGGCUCAAGCUCUCAGGGACAACAGCAUGGGUGCUUACAUGUCAAGCAAGAAGACAAUGGAGAUCAACCCAGAUAAUGGAAUCAUGGAGGAGCUAAGGAAAAGAGCCGAGGCGGACAAAAACGACAAAUCCGUCAAGGAUUUGGUCAUGCUCCUCUUCGAAACUGCUCUAUUGACUUCUGGUUUCAGCCUUGAUGAUCCGAAUACAUUUGCUGCGAGAAUCCACAGAAUGUUGAAACUUGGUCUUAGCAUCGAUGAGGAGGAAAAUGAAGGAGGAGAUGAUGCGGACAUGCCUGCUUUGGAGGAAGAUGGUGCUGAAGAGAGCAAAAUGGAGGAGGUCGACUAAGCCUUCUUAUUAUCAGCUUCAAGUUUCUUUAGCCGUCACCGUGUCGAUAUUGAGAUGUCUGUGAAUGUGUUUUGUGUGUUGAGUCAUUGAUCAGCGUCAAUGUCGGUUUUGGUUCCUCUUCUUUUCUAUUUUCUCUGUUGUAUUCAAUAUAUGAACAGAUACUUCUUUUC